UCUAUCAGGUCGAUCUACCUACGAAACACCGUGGCUGGACGUUUGCGGCAUCUUGUGGCUCCCGUCCGUCCACUCCCGCCGUCACCAAACUGCCUUGUCUGCUCUCGUCAAGGCCUUGUUGCCGGUACUCAAGCUGAACCGUGUCUCAAUCUUAUCUGUUGUCCGUCCCGAAUGCGUCUACGGAUCCUUCGCGAUCACGUACUAAUCCGACGCCUCGAUAUGUCUGGACCGGAUGUUGAGGUGGCAGGUCGGGGUACCAUCAUUAUCUCGAGCGAUGACGAUGAAAUAGAUCAAGGUAGAUCAACUUGUUUUCCAUACUUUUUAAACCUAUUUUUCCAGCCAUCUUCCAUUUUUGUGCUAAUCUGA